AAGUGAAACGAGCUUCUCGAUGUGGGAGCGUCGCCAUUAACGAGGAACUCGGACUCGGAAUAUGAUCGAUUUGAGCGUUCUCCGGUUGAGUAGUUGAGUAGAUCAGACGCUCGGUGAGGAGAUGGACGAAUCUCUGUGCGUCAGGUUCGAGGUGAUCCGGGAUGAAUGUCUGCAGGGCUGGAGGAUCGUCGGAACCGGCGGAUUCGGUCAGAUCUACCGGGCCAAGCACAAGACCCUGGGGAUGGACGUGGCUAUAAAGUUAUUACAUUAUAAACACGGGAGCUCAGCGUCCUCCAUCCAGAGGGAAGCGCACCUGAUGUUCCAGGGCGGGAAUCCUAACGUGAUCAGGAUCUUGGGUCUGUACGAGGGCCGUGUGGACGGCGAGCGGCUGCAGUCGGGGCUGGUGAUGGAGUUCAUGCCCAAGGGUUCGGUGGCCGAUCUGCUGCAGACACUGACCGGGCCGCCGCCGUGGCCUUUGACCUUCCGCAUGGCCCACGAGAUCAGCCUGGGCAUGAACUUCCUCCAUCAUCUGUCUCCUCCGCUCCUGCAUCUGGACCUGAAGCCCAGUAACGUGCUGCUGGACGACAGCCUCCGAGCCAAGCUCACAGAUUUCGGUCUGUCCCGAGUGGCUCGGAGCGUUUCUAGAUGCAGAGAGAAGGACGAUGAUGAUGGAGGAACACUGAGCUACAUGCCUCCUGAAGCGCUGCAGUCCCUCAACCAUAAAGCCAGCAAAGCCACUGACGUCUACAGUUACGGCGUUCUGCUGUGGUCCAUCGUCACAGGGAAGGAGCCGUAUGAACGAGCUCAGUCCACACUGGUGCGCUUCCGGAUCCCUCUGGGGGACAGACCUGACCUGACCUCCAUAGACCCCCGCGGGGUUAAAGGCCUGGACCAGAUGAGGCAGCUCAUGACCGAGUGCUGGCAUCAGGAGCCCAGCAGCAGACCGUCCUUCCUCGACUGUGUUCACGCGACUGAGAAGAUCUUUCAGAUGCACAGACACAGACUCAAUGAUGCCGUCUAUGAUGUUCUGAAGCAGCUGGAGGAUGACAUUUGUUCCAGUUUUAAAUCAAUCCAGAUCAGCCGUAAACCACACAAUGAAGCACAGCCUCAGGUUUCGUCCUGCGUCACUGGACCACUUCCCAACCAGGAAACCGCUGCUGGUCACACAAAGUCCUCAAAGAAAGGUGAUCUGAGCUCCAGAGAUGAAUUCAGAGAAGCAUGUCCUCGUGCUGCUCCACUGGUGAUGUCUGGCAGAACAACACAGCGCCAGAUUUCAACACCAGGCCGAACUCACAUCACCCUGUCCAACGUCUAUGGAGUUCAGAUCGGCAACAACAACAGCAUGAAUAUAGUCCAGAGACCGCGGACGAGACACUGGACGGCUCCUUCCAGCAUCAGCACGUCUCACUCCAGCUCGCCGAAGAAACCUCUGUGACAUCUCACACUCUCCUCUCAAGAGAUCAGACCUUUGCUCUUUAACUGAGUCCAAGGGAAAU